AUGGCGGAUGCUUCGUCCUCUUCCUCGAGCUCGGAUAUCACCCUUACCAUCAAGGGUCCUUCCGAGCUCAAGCUCAGCAUCACUAUCUCGCCUAACAAGAGUGUCGCGGACCUGAAGGACGCCAUUGCCGCCAAGUGCGACGUGGAGAAGGCGCGCCAGCGCCUGAUCUACUCGGGCAAGGUUCUGAAGGAUGACGACAAGAUUGAGGCCUACAAGAUCCAGAAUGGUCACACUAUCCACAUGGUGAAGGGCGCUGCCAAGCCUGCUGAGGCGACUCCUACGCCGCAGCGCCUGCCCCAAAUGGGCACGGGCCUGAGCGCCGGCAACAUGGCCGACACGAUCGAGAACUACCACCACGGCCUCGCUGGCUUCAACCCGUUCCAGGGCAUGGGCAUCGGAAACCUGCAGGACCCCAAUGCUAUGACUGGCCUUAUGAACAACCCCGAGUUUCUCAGGCAGAUGUCGGAUCUCAUGUCUCGCCCCGAGGUUGUGGACCAGCUCGCUGCCAUGGGUCCCCAGAUGCGCCAGGUCAUGCAGAGCCCCAUGUUCCGCCAGAUGAUGAGCAACCCCGAGACUCUGCGCAUGAUGCAGUCUGCCAUGGGCGAGAACGGUAUGGGCGGAAUGGGCGGAAUGGGAGGUCUCGGAGGUCUCGGCGGCCUGGGUGGCUUUGGAGGCGCGGGAGCCGGUGCUGGGGCUGGCGGCGCUGGCGGCAACACCGCGAACGACCCAUUCCCGAACCUCUUCGCUCCGGGUGCCGGAGCUGCCGCUGGCAACACGGCUGGAGCUGCGGCGGGCAACACGGCGGGCAACGCGGCUGGUGCUACGGGUAACACGAACGCUGCGAACCCAAGCAGCCCUGGAGCUGGGGCUCCUCCGAACCCCUUCGCCGCUCUUCUCGGCGGAGCCGGUGGCGCUGGCAUGAACCCCUUCAUGAUGGACCCCUCCCUUCUGUUUGGUGGUGCUGGCGCUGGAGGUGCUGCUGCUCCCCGCGACGACCGCCCACCCGAGGAGAUCUACGCCACCCAGCUGGGACAGCUGAAUGCCAUGGGUCUGUGGGACGCCCAGAAAAACAUUCGCGCUCUCCGCAGCACCGGAGGCAACGUCGAGGCAGCCAUUGAGCUCAUUUUCUCCGGCAGCCUGGACAACCAGUAG